GAGACGGCUGCUACUGAGCGAGACCCCGCGGAACCAGGUGGUGGACGAGGGGAAGACGGACGUUCGCGGUGCGCCUGCUGGGGGCUGCCGCCUGCAGGGUCUCAUGAGCCUCUGAACAGCCCUGCCAAACACGGCCGCGCCCCGCUAUGCAGAGGAAACUGAGGCAGAGAGAGUUUAAGUUUCAGCGUUUCGGUCGGGGUGAUACCCCAACCCUGAAGGAUGUCCGGGAGCUGCUCUGCGCCCACGCGGGAAACCAGGAGCAUGAAUGCCACGCCCUGGCUUGUGGGCGACAUCACGACUGUCACCAUUCCCCAGGGCCAGCUGGCACUGCGUCCCUUUCCUUAAGGCUCAGAGGCACUGGGCCUGGGGAAGCGGAAACGCCCAGCUCUGUUAGGAUUUCUAAACUUGGCUGGCAGAGGCUGAGUGGAAUGGCCCACACAUUUAAACUCUUGAAUCAUCAAAGCUGCCUUAAAGAAAAAGACAGAAAAAAAACAGGCGCAGGCAAGGAGCUGACGCCUCACCUCAUUACCUUCCACCAGCCUAGUUCAAUACAACCAAGUGAGUUUGACUCAUCAGACGAAGAGCCCAUCGAAGAUGAACAGACUCCAAUUCAGAUAUCAUGGCUACCUCUGUCACGAGUGAAUUGUUCUCAGUUUCUCGGUUUAUGUGCUCUUCCAGGUUGUAAAUUUAAAGAUAUUAGAAGAAAUAUCCAAAAAGAUACAGAAGAACUAAAGAGCUAUGGUAUACAAGACAUAUUUGUUUUCUGCACCAGAGGGGAACUGUCAAAAUACAGAGUCCCAAACCUUUUGGACUUCUACCAGCAGUAUGGAAUUACCACUCAUCAUCACCCAAUCCCAGAUGGAGGGACUCCUGACAUAGCCAGCUGCUGUGAAAUAAUGGAAGAACUUGCAAUCUGCCUUAAAAAUAACCGAAAAACCUUAAUACACUGUUAUGGAGGACUUGGCAGAUCUUGUCUUGUAGCUGCUUGUCUCCUUCUAUACCUGUCUGACAUGGUAUCCCCACAGCAAGCCAUAGACAGCCUGAGAGAUGUGAGAGGGUCUGGGGCAAUACAGACUAUCAAGCAAUACAAUUACCUACAUGAGUUUCGGGACAAACUAGCUGCACAUCUGUUAUCAAGAGAUUCACUAUCAAGAUCUGUAUCAAGAUAAAGAAGUUCAAACAGCAUAUAUAUGACCAUGUCUGAAAUUUAACAGUUCUCUAGCAUAAUCUGUAUUGAAAUGAAAUUACUAGUGUUAUCAACUUGAACGUAAAUGUAUAUGUGCAGAUAUACCUAAAGCUUUUAUUGACAAAA